AUGAGCGAAUCGAGCACAGCCGCGGAAACUGGUCGGAAGCGCCGAAGGGCUGCAAGAGCAUGUCGCUGGUGCAGGGCCAAGAAGUAUCGAUGUGACGAGGAACAACCCUGUCACCAGUGUCAAAGAUGGAAUGUAAGCUGCGAGUACGAAGGAGCUGAGCGCCUGAAGACACGACAAGCGUCACAGAUCAUCUAUCAGCAUAACUUCACCCAAGAAUUGCUUACCACCUCGGAAUCGGCCGAUGUCUCCAACAAGGUCUUCUCUUCCCCAACUCGCCAACUUAGACCUUCCCAGAGACAGUCCCCUGAUUCUCACUCUGGGAGAAUUGGUGGAUUCCGCAGCAGUAUCAACAGGCCGGACGUCUCCGACGAAGUUGAUGAAGUCAAUACGCAUACUUUGAACAAUGAGUUUCAUGGACCAACCUCAUCUUUGGCAUUCCUUGCAACAAUUCAGAGGCAGAACAGGAACCAAGCUCGGUCAAACGUUGACCAGCUUCCACCAUCCGAAGAUCAGCCCUCAUCCUUGGUAUCGACGUUCCACAACGAGAUAUUCUCGCCCACCUCUGCAGCUUACACGACUACUGAGUGGCAAAAGUUGUCAGCUAAUUCCUUCUACUUCCGUCAAUCACAGCUCUUCCUGAAUGGAUACUUCCAAAAUCUCCACUACAUCCACCCAAUUGUGGAUAGAGUGAAAUUCUUCUCCAGGUGCGAGAACAUCUGGUUUGACAGACCAAGCAAUCCCAGCAAGAGCUUCAUCGCACUUUACUAUUCUAUAAUGUCAUUAGGUGCUCUUACUCGGGAGUGGGAUGAAGAAUCUCUUGACACAACGAAUCGUUUUGACUGGGCACGCAAAAUGUUUACUCUUGCAUCAAUGGCAAUCGGGGAAUUCCCGGGACGUAGCGAUCCAGAAAGUGUGCAAGCAUAUAUCAUCAUGGCAAAAAUCUGUCAAAAUGAACUCAAUCCAAAUUUGGCAUACAUGUAUCUUGGGCAUGCUAUUCGGACAAGUUUCUCAGCUGGCUACAAUCGCCAUCCAUCGACUGAAGGAGCCCACCAUCAGGAGAUAUCUAGAACAUGGUGGGCAUUGUACUCUCUCGAAAUGGAGACCAGUUUUGCCCUUGGCCGACCUGAUUCACUUGGAGAUGAUAUCUACCAUACUCGGCAACUACCAGCCAUUGAUGGUUCGCCGACUAUGCUGAUCAACUGCAUGGUUGACCUAGCAAAAAUCAUCAAGAAGGUUUCCUACUCCGUAUAUCUUUCUGGCGAAAAUAUUACACAAAAAGUUAUGAUUGCUGGUCAGCUCGAAACUGAGCUCGAAAAUUGGCUUAGUGCUUUGCCACAGAUUAUCCGGCCUCCAUCAUUGGAUAGUAUGGGCGACGAGACCUCUCUGAAAAGCAACAUACCCGCAUGGGCUAAUCGACAGAGUCAUACACUUCGAUUUCGUUACUACAAUGUUAAAAUGGUCCUUUACCGUCCUUUCCUCUUGUAUCUUGGCCAUCGAGCCACCCACACUCCGGGUCAUUUCGAUAGCGCUGUGGCUAAAUGUGUUUCUGCAGCCACGAAAACAAUUGAACUCAUGCACCAUAUGUUCUGCCACUAUUCUUACUUUCGUACCUGGUGGUACAACACAACAUACACAUUGUACGCUGCCUCCAUUAUCGUCUUCUAUGCACAGAAGGUUGCAUCUCCGCCCGAGAUCUCAGGAUUACUUCGUCUUGUGGAGAUGAGUGUCGAUGUCCUCAAGACCAUGAAUGACAAUGUUGUUGCGAAGAAGGCGGCCGCUACAAUAACUAAAGCUUCAUUGAGAAUUAGGGAGGAGAGAUCAUUCAAUAAUGAGGCCGCACCUAUCGAUGAACCAGGCUCGACGACACAAGACUCACUCGCCACUAACGCCGAGGGAGGGGUACCUGACCUUUUCGAUGAGACCAUGUAUGACCCUUUCGACCAAGACCAGCUUGAUUUUAUGACACGGCUCUUUCCUCUUUCUGUAGAUAGUGAUUUCACAUGGGACGACAGAGCCGACGCCACGUAA